GCGCGUGCUCAAUCCACCACCAAUUAAGUCGACUUUAGCGCCGCACGAAAAAACAAGUCCUAACUCUCAAUUAUUCCUCCGCCUAAGUCCGAUCGUCUCUCAUUGCCUUCCACAAUUCGUGCGAUGGAGUUGUACGAGGGAGGGUGCGACCUGAAGCUGCUCGAAACGCUCGAAGGCCACGGCGACAGGGUAUGGAGCCUGGCUUGGAAUCCAGCCACUGGAGCCUCUGGGACUCCUCUCGUCUUCGCCUCCUGUAGCGGCGACAAGACCGUCCGAAUCUGGGAGCACACUCCCUCUCCAUCUGCUACUUGGACCUGCAAGGCAAUUCUGGAAGACACGCAUACUAGGACCGUCCGAUCUUGUGCUUGGUCGCCGUCGGGGAAGCUAUUGGCCACCGCGAGCUUCGAUGCCACCACUGCCAUUUGGGAAAACGUUGGUGGUGAUUACGAAUGUGUCUCCACUUUAGAGGGUCAUGAGAAUGAAGUGAAAAGCGUUUCAUGGAAUUCAUCGGGGACGUUGCUUGCAACGUGUGGCCGAGAUAAAUCGGUUUGGAUUUGGGAAAUGCAGCCUGGCAACGAGUUCGAGUGUGUUUCGGUGUUGCAGGGACAUACUCAAGAUGUUAAGAUGGUUCAGUGGCAUCCGACUACGGAUGUUUUGUUCUCUUGUAGCUACGAUAACACCAUUAAGGUUUGGGCGGAUGAUGAUGAUGAUUGGCAAUGUGUUCAGACUUUAGGUGAACCUAACAAUGGUCACUCUUCUACCGUUUGGGCACUCUCUUUCAAUGCUAGCGGAGACAAAAUGGUCACAUGUAGUGAUGAUCUUACCCUAAAGAUAUGGGAAACAGACAACGUACAGAUGCACUCUGGUGAUGGUUAUGCUCCUUGGAGACAUCUCUGCACUCUCACUGGUUAUCAUGAUCGAACAAUUUUCUCAGUUCAUUGGUCGAGCGAGGGUAUUAUUGCAAGUGGAGCAGCUGAUGAUGCCAUACGAUUUUUUGUGGGGAACAAAGACGGUUUGGUUGAUGGACCUACAUAUAAAUUGCUGCUGAAGAAAGAGAAAGCCCAUGACAUGGAUAUAAAUUCAGUGCAAUGGAGCCCUGGGGAGAAACGACUAUUAGCUUCCGCGAGUGAUGAUGGUGUGAUAAAGAUAUGGGAGCUGGUUUCAUUAAGUACAGGAAACGGCUACUAGCUUCUGCUAGUGAUGGUGAUGCAUUAGAUAUAUGGAGAUAGCUUCAUGUAGAAAUGGCUGCUACUAAUUCAGUGUGUGGAAAAUCAAGAUGUGGAUAAGGCCCAGUUUCAUUUGGGUAUGGAGGGAGUUUAUCCAUGGGGCCGGACAUAACAAGGGGAUUAAUUUAGAGGAAAAUCUUAGCUAUAAUUAGUAAAUUAAUCGAGCAGAAUUCACGUUGAUCGUUUGAACGAUACUGUGGAUUAUAGAGUUGCUUUUGGUUCUGAAUUUUUAGUUCUCCUCUCUAUCCUCUUAAUUCGACCAUAUAUGUGUUUGAACUAAAUAAUAUUAUAUAUAUAUAUAUAUCCAAGUACUGGU